UCUGUUUCGGAGUCGCUUUGGCCUUGUCCGUGCAUUCGGCGAUGAUGCUCACCAUCGCCACUUCCGGCAGACGAAGCAGACGCACUCCGACUGCGCCAGUAUUUCCCAUUGACAGCCUCAAAUGAAUUUGCUGCAGAUGAAUCAGGCGUGUCCGCUUGGCGUCGCCCACGAAGAGCGGUCCUGACAGUGCCUUUACUGAGUUUGUUCCAAUUCAUUGCGGGUGCCAUUCCUCGAGAUGCGGGCGGCGAAACGGAUGAUGGCACGAGGUCCGUGGUGGUGUCAUCACUGCUUUUAUUCUCCAUGGCCGUAUCGGGACUCGAGCUAGAUGAGCUAUCAACUUCUAGCAGUGUAGAGGUAAAUGAUGUGCCUUUGGGGACAAAGUCUUGAAUGUCGCGACGACCUAACGUGAGAUUCUUUCCUGAUCGGCGUUUCUCAGAUGUCCCUAUAGAGGAUAUUUUCUUAGAUUCAGAGAAGGCGUGCUUUUUUCGGGUCCUCAGCAAACCAACAGAGGCUGUACGCGAGUCGCAAUCAUCCUCAUACAUGUUCCGCCGGGUAGACCUGCGGGAGGAGUGCAAGCUUUAUAUUGUUGGAAUUAGGCGUAGGCCAGCAUGCGUAGCUAGUUAUAUAUGUCGCAGCUGUGACACCCCGGACUGUCGUACAGUGAAGAAGGGAAACCUGAAGUUGGACUGAGGGGGCACGGAUCGUGUAUGGUGAUUUGAGAAGCUGUUUUUAAUUAAAGAGUUGCCAACGCAAAGCCCAACCAGGAAGCUAAAUCCUAACUUAAAUCUUCCAGGUUGGAACGAAUCCAGGUCACAUGACCCUCAAUAACGUCCACGGGUUAUUUUAUUAAUCGCGACGUUGUCUUGGCCCAUGUGGCGAUUCUUGGCAUGUCUCGGGGGCUUCGGUGGAAUAUUUUUCCGCAAAUCAGAUGACGAAGCUUCCUGCUCUGGGCCGUGUUCGGUGGCCUUCAACCUUUGGAUGCUCGCCAGUGGAAGUUCAAACAACGCCCAAAACACUUCCUUCAAUGUUCGCUGUCUUUUUCUCGCCGGUUUGCAGCACCCCUCUUCUUCGAUAAUGCCUUCCUGAGUUUCCCUUAGUGCUGUGCUGUGUUGUUCAACUCCUUUGCCCGCUGGUGCAGCUAAACUCCGAAGUUCUCCGCAGUUCCGGACAACUCUCCUCCUCCUCCUCCUCCUCCUCCCACCGGUUCACAGCUCCCGCCUCACUCGUUCCUCUAGAUACUCUUAAUUAGCUGUGCAUUCACCGGUAUACGGAGCUCUUCGUUGCGACCCUCGGCUCAGACUGCAUAAACGCCAUAUUGUUACGCGAAAACUUUCGAUCCGUCCUUAUAUAUAUCCCCAGGCGACAACACCAGAGAGACAGCUAUCCUUUUGCUCGUAUAUUUCCCUCCUGUCUUCGCAUGCAUUCUUCACCCAUAUUUUAGCAAGCGACCCUAUACAAUACCGCCAAGCUGUCUUCCCUUCUGGUUCCCAGGACUGUCUCCUUUGCUCCCGAUCUCGACUCCGGCCCCAAACCUGAUUCCACAAUGAGCGAGACCAAAACAGGACGGAGGAGACGGUCGAGCAGCAUUAUCUACCAGGAGCCUCCGGAGUCGAUUGAGCAUACAAGUGAUCAGGCUGCCCUGCCUAACCUAAACGCCAAUUGGGUUAACGCAAAAGGUGCAUGGACUAUCCAUUUCGUUCUAAUCGUCGCUCUUAAGAUUUUCUACGACAUCAUCCCUGGUGUAUCGCAAGAGACUUCAUGGACCCUCACUAAUAUCAGCUAUAUGUUUGGCUCGUUUCUCAUGUUUCACUGGGUUCGAGGAGUACCGUUCGAAUUCAAUGCCGGAGCAUAUGACAACCUUAACAUGUGGGAGCAAAUCGACAAUGGAGACCAAUAUACACCAGCCAAAAAGUUCCUUCUCAGCGUUCCGAUUAUUCUCUUCCUACUCAGUACUCACUACACCCACUACGACUUGACCUACUUCAUAAUAAACUUCUUGGCAGUCCUAGGAGUGGUCAUUCCGAAGUUACCGAUCUCUCACCGAAUGCGAAUAGGCCUAUUUUCAGAGCGUCGUGAUGAUCCUUGAUAAAAUUAUGGGCGUCUUAAGAGAAAGGCGGCAAAAAGAAAACAAAAAAGAAAGAAAGAAAAGAAAAGAAGAAAAUUCUCAACUUUGGCUUGAUUUAGAUUGACAACUUUUCCCUUUCCUUUUUGCUACUCCCGCCCGCCCGCCUAUAUAUUUUUCUUUUCUUUUUUAAUAUCAUCCGUUACUGGAUUGGGCGCUGCGUUCCAUCUUAGUAGAUUCGCAAUGGAACAAUUGUUUUUUUUUUUUUUUUUUUUUUUUUUUUUUUUUUUUUUGAUAGCUUGCUCUCUCUCUGUGGAUUUCUAGUGUUUUGCCGGAAACAACUAUUUUAUUUACUUGCUUUGCCUCUCUUUUUCUCCUUAUUAGCGCCUCUGAUCAUUCCUUAGGAAGUUCUACUUUGAGAAGUAGAGGGGGAAACAAAAAUUAAGGCGACUGCGCUUGUGUUGGAAAACGACACCGGAAGAAAAUACCCAUAUUUCUUUUGUCAUUGUCCUGUACCUACUUCGCGAGAUAUUUGGAGCUUUUGGGCGUCGGAUUCUGAGCUAUUUCGUUUUGCUCACUUUCUCUCUCUCUCUUCUUUUUGAAAAGGGGGAAAUGUCAAGGAGGAUUCAAAUGAGGAAGCCAAAAAAUGGUUGUAUAUAAUAUAGUCUCCUGUUUUCUAGGUAUCUCGGGCAUGGUACCACGCCACCAACCAUCUAUUGCCUUUCCUACAUUUCAUCCCUCCAGCUUCUUCUCUGGUUAUUCAAUAGGUGAUACGAUAUAUGGCUAAUUUGCAUACCUUACGCGUACUGGGAGCUGUUGGCGUUGCAUAAUUGGGCGAUCCUCCGUUGCAUGGCGACUCAAGUGUUACGAGGUACUGUGCAAUCCAGGAGGUUUUAGCUCUUCCAAGGUUCAUCCUAUCACCCCUAAGGUGGGCUGGCUGGCUGGCUACUUGCCUGUCUACCUGUGUGAAACACGCCGGCCAGCAUGACAUGGCUAUAGCCUGAUUGUUUACCUGGAAGACAAGAACACCACGGAUACAUGUUUAGUUUCCGCCCGCUUGGACUUCGUGCGUAUAUUGCAUACAUAGAACCCAUUCUCUCAGCACAGAUUGAGGACAUCAGCGUCAGUUUUUCCCAUUUUAUGUUCCUGCUUUUUUAAUAUUAAAACUUCAGUUUGGUUGUUAAUAUUAUAUUGAGUUUGGGCGGGAGGAGCCAGAGGAUUUGAUUUAUCUCGUAUCAUUUCUCUUUCCUGGCUGAGAUCGUAGGUAAUUGGCGAGCAAAUGGCAGCAGCCGGGGCAUGAAGGCUUUGGAGCAAGAACGAAAAAUAAAUGGAUAGUAACAGAAAUCAUUUUAACAUUUGGGUUCCGCA